CCUGAGCUGCCUGGUGUUCGCCCGUUUGUCAUCCGGGGCCGCCUGUCUGUUGCUGUCCGUUGGUCGACUCGGGGACUCGGGGAUGCUGCGAGAUGGGAGUUGAAUCGCGCAAUCAACAAAGUGUCGGACGGAGUUUGAGACAAUAGGAGGGAGCUUUUCGUUAGUUUUCCCAUGAACCGAAAGUGAGCGCUGGAUGGAUUUUUGUUUCGAAGGGAUUUAAAAUAAAAUACCCGGGGUGAAAAUGAAGCUGCUGAAGCCGAGCUGGGUGAGCCACAACGGUAAACCCAUAUUUUCAGUUGACAUCCACCCCGAUGGAACAAAAUUUGCAACUGGUGGCCAAGGGGAGGAUUCGGGGAAGGUGAUGAUCUGGAACAUGGCGCCGGUCCUCAGAGAGGAGGAUGAGAAGAACGAGAAUAUUUCCAAAAUGCUUUGCCAGAUGGACAAUCACUUAGCCUGUGUGAACUGUGUGCGCUGGUCCAACAACGGGCAGUGUCUGGCCUCUGGAGGAGACGACAAGCUGGUCAUGGUGUGGAAGAGAGCUGCGUUCAUCGGUCCCAGCACAGUGUUUGGGUCAAGCAGCAAGUUGGCCAAUGUGGAGCAGUGGAGGUGUGUCACAAUCCUGAGGAACCACACUGGAGAUGUGAUGGACGUGGCGUGGUCUCCUCAUGACGUGUGGCUGGCCUCCUGCAGUGUGGAUAACACCAUUGUGAUCUGGAACGCUCGCAAAUUUCCAGAGAUGAUCACUACUCUGCGAGGACACACUGGCCUGGUGAAAGGCCUCACAUGGGAUCCAGUGGGGAAAUACAUCGCCUCCCAGGCUGACGACCACAGUCUGAAAGUGUGGCGGACGGUGGACUGGCAGAUGGAUGCAAACAUCACCAAACCUUUCAGUGAGUGCGGUGGGACGACCCACGUCCUGCGUCUGUCCUGGUCUCCAGACGGUCAGUAUCUUGUGUCGGCUCAUGCAAUGAACAACUCCGGCCCCACCGCUCAGAUUGUGGAGAGAGAUGGCUGGAAGACUAAUAUGGACUUUGUGGGCCACCGUAAAGCUGUCACUGUGGUGAAAUUCAACCCAAAGAUUUUCAAGAAGAAGCAGAAGAAUGGCAGCUCUCCGAAGCCCAGCUGUCCGUACUGCUGCUGCGCUGUCGGCAGCAAAGACCGAUCGCUCUCUGUCUGGCUCACCUCACUGAAGCGCCCUCUUGUGGUCAUCCAUGAUCUUUUCGAUAAAUCCAUUAUGGACAUUUCCUGGACAUUGACGGGUCUGGGGAUGUUGGUUUGUUCGAUGGAUGGCACAGUCGCCUAUUUGGACUUCUCCCUGGAUGAACUGGGAGACCCGCUGAAUGAAGAGGAGAAGAACAGUAUCCAUCAGAACAUCUACGGUAAGAGUCUGGCUAUAACCAGCCCCGAGGCUCAGCUCUCCACCACCAUCAUCGAGAACCCCGAGAUACUCAAAUACCAACAGGAGCGGCAGAACUCUGCCCAGGCCAACUCAGGACCAGGUGCUGCUGCACCUGAAUCCUCAGCACCCAAACUCAACAGUGUGAUGAACGGGGAGUCUCUGGAGGACAUCAGGAAGAAUCUUUUGAAGAAGCAGGUGGAGACGAGAACAGCAGAUGGCAGAAGAAGAAUCACACCGCUCUGCAUUGCUCAGCUGGACACGGGGGAUUUCUCUCCGGCUUUGUUCAACAGUGUUCCCAUCCUGCCCUCGGGCUCAUCCAUGUCCAGCCAGCUCACCCCCCAGCUCAGCUCCGACUCCAGCCCAGGACAGGCCUCUUCUAUGGGGCUUAAGCCCACACACGACCCCAUGCUUACCUCACCUCCUCCCAACAACACUGCUAAGCCAAUGGAGGACAACAAUGAUGGUGUCAAAUCCAGUCUGCUGCUCACCUCUGCCUCCAAGAUUGAGCCAAUGAAAGCUUUGGACUCCAGGUUUACAGAGAGGUCAAAGGCCACACCAGGCGUGACAGCCGCCAUUUCGUCCACAGCUGGACUCACACCGUUAGACAGCAACAGGCCGAAAGACGGCGUCACCGCCCAGAAGGAGGCAAAAACCAAAGAAGAGACCAGCAGUGACAGCGAGGAUAAGAUGGCUGCCAUCAACAAGAACCUGACAUUUGGCAAGAGGAAACCAGAGCUGCUGCUGGAUGGAAGAGAGGUGCUGGAGAAGAGGAAAAAGGGACGGCCCAGGAAAGACAAGAUGGCUGCUUCCAUGGCCCAACCUUUCACUCAGACAACUCCUCCCGCGGAACGGGAGCCCAGCAGGGUUGUAGCUCCUCCAGCUCCUGUCGCUGUUCUCAAAUUACCAACACCAAGUACACAGAAGGCCUUCAGUCUGCAGGUGAGCAUGGAGCCCUCAGUGUUCCUGGAGGUGGAGAAUGAGGUGUCCAUGGUUGCAGGUUCGAAGCUCAGCCAGCUGCGAUGCUCCAGAGACGGACGAGACUGGAACACGCUCCUGCCCAGCUCUGUGGUCGUUGCUGCAGGCAGCAGUGACAUCCUUGCAGUCGCCUGUGAGGACAGGAUGUUGUCAGUCUUCUCUUCCUGUGGGCGGCGACUCCUUCCUGCCAUUCAGCUAGGCACGCCUGCGUCUGCCUUACACUGCUCUGCCCACUACGUCAUGGUUCUGACCGCUGGAGCGACUUUGUCCGUGUGGGAUGUUCAGAAACAGAAGGCUCUGGUCAAGAACGAGUCUCUGCUGACUGUUUUGUCUGGUGCUGACACUACAGUGUCCCAGUCUCUGCUGACUCAGCAGGGAGUUCCAGUCAUUGGACUGUCCAACGGGAAGUCGUACUGCUUCAGCUCCUCUCUGGAGACAUGGACUCUGAUAGCAGAUAAAAGUGACUCUCUGGUUCAGUGUGCUGACUUCAGGAGCUGCCUGCCUAGCCACGAUACACCGGUGUCCUCUGGGCCUCUGGCUGUCAUGCAGGGACGCAACCUCAAUGCCGGUCGGCUGGCUUCCCGCCUCUCCUCCACCCCUCACCACCUGCAGCAGAGCAUGACGCUGGCCUUCCUGGAGAAUCAGCUGGCGUCUGCUUUGACUCUGCAGUCAGCACAGGAGUAUCGCUACUGGCUGCUCAUCUAUGCCCGUUUCCUCGUCAAUGAAGGCUCAGAGUAUCGCCUCAGAGAACUCUGCAAGGAGCUCCUGGGUCCUGUCCACAAAUCAGCGGCUACAUCCUGGGAGCCCACCACACUGGGUCUACGUAAGCGUGAGCUGCUGCGGGAGGUCUUACCCGUCAUCGGUGAAAACCUUCGGUUCCAGAGACUGUUCACUGAGUACCAGGAUCAGCUGGAGUUGCUGCGCAACAAAUAGCACGCACUGCUACGCAGACAGAAACUGACACAAACACACACGGACUUAAAACAGUUCGGUUUGCCUCGGCUCAGCUCCGGUAAACUUUGACUGCUUUCUUCAACUUGAAACGCUGCUCUGGCUCAGACCUGAAAAACACGACCUGGGUGUCUUCUGAGAACUUUAACAUCAGCCGGUCCUCAGCUUUUUGAGCGCUGGGACUUUUCAGUGCUGUCGUUCACCAGACAGUUUUUUUUUUUUUUUUCUUUCUGGUUUUCAGUUUCAAUUCUCCUCUCCUGUCUUUAUUCCUUCUAAAUGUGAUCUUUUUGACCUAUGCACCUCCUGCCCUCCUAAUCAUGAACCUAGAAAAGGUAACUCAAGGGAGAUGGUGAUAGAAACGGUCGUCAGGUGCAGCAUCAGCAGCUGUAUGGAAUCAUUCUCAGAGGUCUUGGAGAGAGAUCAGAGGUAAAAUGUAAAGAGAAAUGUAAAUUAGAACAGAUUUAUAGGAGCAAUAUGCUUGCACCAAAGUGAUGCCAAUUUAGUGAGAAAUAGUCUCUCACCUGCAUCUGCCAGGUGAAGGAAAUGAAGGGCAUCCAGACUACGGAUCAGUUGGGUUUUUACAGGUUGGUAUUCCCGAGUGUACCGUUAUCUUUAAAAUCAGCAGUUCUCAUACCAAAAUGCGAAAAGGGUGGUAAAAUGCAAGGCCAUGACUGAAAUGCAGGAUUGUUGUCUGUGAAAUAAAAUUGGAAAAAUGAAAAAAGAAUUUGUGCACAAACAUUAAGCAGAAAUUUAUGUAAGCACUAAACUAGGGCUAUCUGUGAGUCUCCACCUUCGAUUGGUGCAUUCACCAUUCUUUGGUCCUCCCUCGACUUAAUGAGCUUUUACAUUCUGUAAUCUCUCCACAGUGUAGCUCCAUUCUUAGCUAUUUAAAAUAGAUUUUGUUUGUAAAAGGAUAAUCCUUCACUUCUGCAGAGAUGGGCUGGCGCAUCUAGAUGAAGGUGAUUUUAAAAAAGUCAUCGCCCUACAGAGAAUGGGAUCUGGUGCAACUGGGAAACAACGUCUGACGCUACGACUGAUCAUUAGGCUAAACCAGUAUCACAUCUCAGAAUCUCUGGCUGCACUAAAAUCAUCGUAAACACAAAUUCAGACAAAAUAAAGUUCUUAAAAAAUGAACGAGACACCAGAUGGUUUAGGGCAUUGCAGGAAUCCCUGGUAGAUGUGCAAUAGUUGUACAUCGGUACAAGCUCUUGGUGCUAGACAUUGUUUGGAAACUGUUAGUGCCGAGUGUUGAGGUUACAGGUUGAGAGAAAGAAUCAGCUUAUGGAAUCAAAAUUUCUUCAUUAUUUUUUAACUGUUUUCUCAACACAAGACACGUUUUAGAGUGUUGAGAAAAUGGUUCUGUUUUCAGGCCGGCCUUAGUCAUUGCACGGUGUUAUACGGUGGCUGCAUGAAUCAUAAUGCACAAUAUUAAAUUAACCCAACAGUAGGCCUUUCAGACAUGGGUAACAUGGCUGACUUACCAGUCUGUUACAGUAAUGGCACUCUGUCAUUCGUAGGGCACUUUUACACUUUAACUGUGGCGUCAGACAGACUUACUGACAGCGGUGGAACAAUGCAAAGUGAUGGAAUGUGCAAGAAAUUUGUCAUAGUUGCAAAAGUCUUGACGCACAUGUGGUAACAAGUAUUUUUGGUAUUAUCUCCAAAUCUAACCCACAGACUGUAUAAAAGAUGUAUGCCGUUAAAGCUGCAGUCUAAUAUUGGCCACCAGAGGGCGAUAAAGAGUUCUAGUCCUUUGGGAAAGCUGCCCUUAUACUUGACCUCUGUAAAAACUUUGCUGGUGAGUUAAAGGUCUCAGUCAAUCAUUUCAGGUCUUCGUCAACAUCAAGAUUAUUUUGUAAAUUUAGCUUAUGAUUUCACAGUUGUUUGGUUUUUGCUCGUCACACCCAGUUUCAAAACGCCAAGAUGGCAACAGCGAAAAAGCUUCUCUCGAAUCUUCAAAUUGUGACCACAGAAGAAUGUUUUCAUGUAGAAAACUGUAAUAAUGAAGCCACACGCUAUCAUACAAGUUCUGCUUUUUUUGUUUGUUUAGUUUGUUUUGUUUUCUGUCAUGUGUAAUCUGUCCAAACUUUGCAGUGAUAAAUUUUUCCUCUGUCCAGGCGAGCAACAUUGCUGGCCCACUUCAGUCUAAAAGUGACCAGUGUGCGGGCUCAGAAUGAUGGAAAUGGAUAGAGGCUAAUCACAGUUAAAAAAUCUCUUAACUCGCAUGUCCAGAGUAGCUGCAGGGUUUUAUUUUUCUGAACUCCACCAAAAAUGGUUCUGGAUUUCUCAGAUAAUUAUGUCUUAUAUUUGAAAUGGACAUUUCAGGAGACCAGACUCGGUGAAAUGUUCUGUAUAUGUGUUUUUUUCCACUUGGUUUGUAAAUAAGCUGAACUCAGAAACACAACCAGAGCCGAUAAAGGCUCCGAUUUCUCUCGAUUUCUCUUCACAUUUCUCUGCUGCUGUGCAAGAAUCACUGCUUUCAAUUCAGGAUUAAGGAGGGAAAAUUGUUUUCUGAUAUCCAUUAACUUGACAUUUGACCCAAAGGUCAAGAAAUCCAGUGACACAUUAAUGAAGUUCAUUUACCUUAAUAGUACGUGUGUUUAGCCUUUUGUUAGUCUGCAGCAACAUUAAUGCACUCCUCUGCCUGCUCUGUGUGAUCGCACAGGAAGCUUGUUUAGUGUUAUAUUUCACUUCUGGGUGUGGUAAGCAGCACAGAGGAAUCCUUUUUACUUAACACCCCCCUUUUUAUUUUUUCUUCUUUUUUUUUUUUUUUUAUCUGUACAGAACUUCCUUCCUUAUUUGUUUCAUUUCUUUUUGUUGUUGUUUUUUCGGGGGGUUUUCGCUGUCAGUCAUUUUUAAAUGUUUCUACAAGACGUUUUGUUUGAUUUGUUUUCAAUUUGUAUAAGAAAAAGAAAAAAUAACCAGAGACAAGCUGAAGUUUUUGCUUUGGAAAAAAAAGAGGAAAGAUUAAACAAAUGAGGAACAGUUGUGGCUUGUUAA